CCAGGGUCAAAAGGCUGUGCCCAGCCCAGCCCAGACUGAGAGGAUAGGAGAGCAGGGCCCACUGAGUGGGGUCCCUGGGCCUCCCGGCACCCUUUCCAGGAAGGGUCUCCACCGCACCCAGCUCUCUCCGUGCCCUGGAGAGCGAUGCUCGGGCUGCAGCUGGGGUGCCCAUGGGGAGCCUGGGCACAGCCCGCCCCCUCCGGCUGCCCUGCUGGCGCCGCACCAGCGUCCUGGCUUUUCUCUUGCAUGUGCGCUUAGCCGAUCCACGGAGUCGCCACAGAGGAGCGCCCCCCUGACCAGGUCCUGGGGACCCUGGCCCUCUGGCUCUGCGGUCCUCCUCCCCGCCUGUCUACCUGUCCGCCUGUGCUCUUGGCACCACACGCCUAGGCCCUUAGCCAAGGGCCUCUCUGCUUGGCACAGUGUCCGCCGUGGGGCUUGGGUGCCGGGUGAGCUUCUGCCUGCCGAGGUGGGCAGUCGGUGGGACCAGCGCAGACCAGCCGCUCCCAGGCUCCUCCAGGCCCCCACCUGUCUGGGCCUCUUCCCUCCCUGGCCUCUGACCUUUGGCAGCAGAGAAGAAGCCAAGACCCCAGACAUCCAGAAGAAGCGCCAGAACAAGGACCUCAUGGAGCUGCAGGCCCUCAUCGACAGCCACUUCGAAGCCCGGAAGAAAGAGGAGGAGGAGCUGAUUGCCCUCAAAGAGAGGAUCGAGAAGCGCCGGGCGGAGAGGGCCGAGCAGCAGAGGAUCCGGGCAGAGAAGGAGCGUGAGCGCCAGAACCGCCUGGCGGAGGAGAAGGCCCGCAGGGAGGAGGAGGACGCCAAGAGGAGGGCCGAGGACGACCUGAAGAAGAAGAAGGCCCUGUCCUCCAUGGGGGCCAACUACAGCAGCUACCUGGCCAAGGCCGACCAGAAGAGAGGCAAGAAGCAGACGGCCCGGGAGAUGAAGAAGAAGAUCCUGGCCGAGAGACGCAAGCCCCUCAACAUCGACCACCUCGGCGACGACAAGCUGAGGGACAAGGCUAAGGAGCUCUGGGAAACCCUGUACCAACUCGAGACUGACAAGUUUGAGUUUGGGGAGAAGCUGAAACGCCAGAAAUACGACAUCAUGACCCUCCGGGCCAGAGUGGAGAUGCUGGCCAAGUUGUGAGUAGCCAGAAUCCGCUGCGGGCCCGGCUCGCGUGUGCAGUGCACGGUGCUCCUCUCGCAUGGCAAAGGCCAGGUCACGGAGUCGGGCAGGCAGGCUGGCCCUCCAUGGCCUUGGUACUCUCCUUCCUGCCCCUGUCCCCUCCUGCCUCCAGACGUGGCCUUGAGGCUGGCCUGCUGCCCUUGUUGGCAGGAGAGGAGGGGCCUCUGCUUCCCAGGAGCUUGGGAACCAGGUGCCUUGGCCACCAAGCUGGGAGCAGGGGUGGGGCCAGGAGCAGGAGGGUCGCAGUCAGGGGCCGGGGGCUGGAAGGAGGGUCUGCGGGCCUCACCUCCACCCUGCCCCAUGGCCUGCUGCAGUGGGAAGGUAAGUGGCCAGCUCUGCAGCUGCUGUGUGUGGCAUCGCAGGCCAGUACAGGCCAGCCAGAUGAGUCGGGUCAGCAACCCGAGGGCAAGGGACAGCGCCCUCCCGAAGCAGCCAUGAACAGGAGCCAGCACGGAGCCACCGCUCUGCUGCUGUGGCUGGGCCCCCGGGUCCCCCUCGCGGUAAGUCGCCUGUGUUGU